AUGAUGGUGUUUGAUCUGACCAAGUUCAAUCCGGUAGCACUGGAUAUCGGCUGUGGAAUGGGUCAUAUCGCUCCCCAUAUGAUCAAGGAGAACGUGGGAAAGCUCAUACAAUGCGACAUGAGUGAGCAGAUGGUAAAGAAAAGUAAAGGACCAGAUGAUAAGGAAAAUGUGAAAGUCGAAGAUGUACAGGUGGGAAUCGAACGUGUGGUUUGUGAUGAGGAAACCCUGGAGCAGUUCACAGCCGAUCGCUUCGAUCUAUUGUUAUCCUCUCUUUCUGCGCACUGGAUUAACGACCUUCCUCAGUGGUUUCGUCGUUGUUACGAGAUUCUCAAACCUGAUUGUCCAAUCAUUGGAGCACUGCUCGCAGAAGACACAUUAUUUGAACUUAGAUGUUCACUUCAACUAGCGGAGCUAGAACGAUGCGGUGGUGUGGGAUCGCAUAUCUCUCCGUUUAUUAAGCCACCGGAUAUCGGCAGUCUGUUGAAUUUGGCUGGAUUUGACAUGGUCACUUUGGACAGUGAUGAAGUUGAGGUUGGUUAUCCGAAUAUGUUAGCGCUAAUGUAUGAUUUGCAAUUGAUGGCGGAGUCGCACUGCACGUUUUCCAGAAGUCGAACAAUUCGACGAGAUGUUCUCAUAGCAGCAGAUGCUAUUUAUAGAGUAAUGUAUGCGAAAGAGGGUAAAUAUCCCGCUACGUUCCGCGUGAUCUCAUUUAUUGGAUGGAAACCUGGGCCACAGAUGCCAAAGCCAGCAAAACGUGGUUCGCAAAAUGUGUCUUUCAAGGACCUAAGCAAAAUUGUCGAAGAUCCAGAAUUGAUGAAGAAUCUUGCCAAGAAGAAAGAUAAUGGCGAUAUUAAGUAG